GUUGGCGACAAGACAAUACAAGACUCGUUAAGACGAACGUUGGCAUGGCAUAUGAUGGCAUAUGCAUCCUUUCUUGCAAAAGGGUGUGAGAGAAGGACAAGUUGAGAUUUAAUGGGCUUUGCUGUGCUCAUCAAAAAGUAAGACCUUGUUUUGAAGUCAGGUGAUUUUUGUUGUUCAUGUUCAUGAUUCAUUGUUCUUCAUGUUCUUCCGAGAAGUCGGACCUUGCGAGCAGGUACACCAUGCAAGGGGGUCAACUUGACCUUAAGCGCCUGCCAUGUACACCAUCACGUUUGCAUUGACAUAGUAGUAAGAUGCUUCAUGAUGAUGGCAGGAUAUGGUGGAUAUUGAUUCAGAGUCAAUUCAGAGCAUCCCUUCAUGGACUCCAAGGCUGUGUAUGUGCAAAAUAGUAAGGUAAUUAAACCAAUCAGCAACGAUCUUGAUCGAGCUAUUUUUGGUUCAAGGUGGACGCCUGGGUCAUGGCGCCAGGAGAAGGCCUCUCUUUGGCAGCACCUCAGAAGCCGGAAGAGGUGCAGGUGGAGGAUCCAUGUGUAGUGGAUGAAGAUCCCCUUCCUGAGACACCCAGAAGCUCCUUUUACACCUUGAUCCACUUCGACUUGCCGAAGGGAGUGCCAGGUCCACCGUGCUUCAGGACACAUGCUCGACAUGUGGUGAACUUCGACCGGUUCCGAGAGGCUGUGGAGGGUUCUCCCAAGAAGUUGGUGGCGUUGGUGAGGCAAAGUCGCCAAAAGAGGCUGAAGGACUUGGGAUGGACACGAUGAGGACACACCAGUGGACACACCAUCAUCCGCCUUGCUAAUUUUCGAGCCGCUUGAGCUGGCAAGAUCAUGCGUGCAUGAAUAAUGCAGAGGCAGAGGCCCCUUUGGGCCGCGGUCUUGUAACAGUUUAAGAAACUCUCAUGUUUUAGACACUAUAGUUGUCUUCAAGUCUAGUGAUCCAGAGAUGGCUAUUCAGCGCAAUUAUGUGCAGUCAGGCAGGACUAGGACCCAAAAGUUCAGCUCUUCUCGAGUGUUCGUUGCGCAGUACGUUCUUCGGAUCACAUGUCAAACUUGCUGUGCCCGUGCAACCCAAAGAGCGGCGCGGUGCAGACGCAAUCGCAGCACCUUUGGCGUGUGAAA